CGACAACGACAACGACGAUGACGGUGAACAAAUAUCCUUACGUCACCCACGUUGGAGGGCUGCGCCUGCGCACUAUAUAUUUGUGUGGACAUAAUUUUGGCUCAGCUCACAGAAAACGUACAGCCGAUAACCGUACUACAUGUAUAUUGUACCAAGGAGUUACCAGCAUAUAGGCUCGGGGCUCGAGAAAGGGACGAGAACUGUGAGAACACUAGAUGUGCAGUGGAAAGACCUCCCAAACAUAUAAUUUCUGCUUUAUUGAUGCCUGCACGGCUGCACCUACAUCUAUGCUAGCUAAUUUGUUUGGAUUCUUUCAUCAAUCUUUCAUCAUGAGGACCCGCAUGAGGAAACAUAAAGUGACGUUUGUUGUCAUUUUGGUGAUCAUAUUCUGCGUGGUAUUUGUUCGGGUAUACACUGAAUCCAGAGAUGAAUCACCGAAAGCGAUUGGCCAAUCUAUCCAGAAGGAGUAUACCAAGGGCAGAGGGGAACCACAUGACCAGGGGCGUGAUACACGGGUUCGAAUUUCUCCUAUUGCUGACCCAGACUUGUCAGAAGAUUUGAGUAAAGUGGAGCAUGGUGGGAUAGGAAUGGAUGCACAUACCUCACCCAAAAUCCAAACGCCAUUGUUACGUCAUAUUGCUUCUGACAUCAUCAGCAUGAAACCCGAUAUUUUCGAGACAGUUCCUCGUCAGUUUUUGCCGGAUUACAAGAGUCCAUGUUGGUUCAACAAACAGAAUGAACUCUACUGCUUGCCAUAUUUCUAUAUCAUUGGCGUGGAUAAAUGCGGUACGACAGAUCUGUGGGAUAAGAUCACCCAACACCCAGAUGUCCUGGCAAGUGUCCCGAAGGAACCACAUUGGUGGGGUAAACGUAGGCAUGGAUGUGAACAACCCCCAAUUCACCAAAAGGAAGCGCGACAAAUAAGCAAGAUGAUAGGAGAGAAAAACGACUCGUCUAUUGAAUGGUAUCUCAACUGGUUCAAGACUUUUGGAGUUAAGUCGAUUGAGUCAAGUCCUUCUCAGAACGCUGACGGUGAUGUCACUUUCCCCAAGGUUUUCUGCGAUGCAUCCAUCAGUACGUGUUUUAACAUUGGGAAACCUUGGGAAGAAGGGAACUAUACCAAUGCUGACCUGAUCCACGCGGUCCAACCACAGGCUAAAAUCGUCAUGAUCAUCAGAAAUCCAACUCAAAGAUUUUUUUCGGGGUUCAUGUACAACAGCAUGUACCGAGAUAAAAGUUCCGCUGCCCUUGACCUCGAAGUAAAAGAAAAAAUCCACUGCUUGACCAGCUGUCUGCAAAAACAUUCGGAGAGAUACUGCGUUUUUACAAAGACAUGUGAGCCGUUGAACACUAUUUACUUAACACUCGUGAAAGACUGGAUGAGAGUGUAUGGCCGUGAUGGAGUCUAUGUCUUAAGAUUAGAGGACUGGCGUAAAAAUUGCGCAGAAGAACUUAAGAAACUCAUAAUAUUCUUAGAACUUCCUGCUCUCCCAAAAGAUGAAAUCUUGCGCAUAACGAGAAGAAAGACAUUGAACGUGAAUGCCCGGAAGGCCCAAGGUCCUGCUUUGUGGAACACAACUCGCGAUCUCUUACAAGAUUUCUUCAGGCCAUUAAACAAACGAUUUGCCAGUUUUAUGAAUGAUACGAGGUUUCUGUAUAAUGAGGGAUGACAAUCCUAAACACACAAAGGAUGUGUUUCACCCGGCGAUGGGGGGGGGGGGGGGAAGUACCACCACUGUGACCAGUACUUGAAUUUACACAUAUUUUUUUUAUGAGGAUACAAUGCGCAGCCAUUUUUUCUGACACAUAUUUUUCAACAUCAUCAUCAGUUUUUAUAUCAGAUGAUAUUGCUAAAAUGACAGUUCAGUUGAAAUAAGGCAGAAAAAAAGUUGGAAGAAAUAAAGACAGAACAAAAAUUCAAGUGUAUGUGGGUGUCUAGGUGAAGUAUAUUCCGUCGAUUCGUUCUGUUCAUGAACUGGUCAUCUGCAUUAAUUUAUAUAAACAAACAAUUAAAAUCGUUAAGACCCUCAUAAUGUUUAUGAAUAUAAAAUAUUUGUUCAUCGAGGCUUUGAAUGAAUAAAGAGAAGCAGAGUGUUUGAUAUUGUCAGGUAAAGCAUUCCAAAUAUCUGGACCGUGGUGUCUUAUCGAAUUAUAGGCCAUAAUAACUUUUGGGUUAGUUCAAUGGCAUUCGGAUGCGUGUUGUGUAGGAUAAGAAUGUAUAUUUCUAUUAUACACACAAAUAUUUCGAAAUGCUAAUGGAAAAGUAUUUAUCCAAAAUGUAUACAUAAAGAUUGCAGUUUGAAAAAUGUGAAUAUCAGCAAUUUGUAAUGUUUUUAAUUCAUAAAAUAUUGGAUCGAUAUGGGCUGGAUAAUGUAAAUGUGUACAAAUACGGAGUACUUUCUUUUGGAGACGAUAGAUUUACAUAAUUUUCAUCUUAUUACUAUUACCCCAUUUUACCUCGACACAAUGAGACAUGUAUGACAAAAUGAAAGAAUUUAAAGCAUAAAUAGUGACUUUUGUAAAAGAUAAUAUUUUAAUUUAUAUAGAAUGCCUAUGCCACUCGAGACUAACAUGCAAUUUUAAUCAAUCGUAACACCUCAAGAAUGUUGU